AUGAGCGGACGAUUCAGCACUCUCCGCAACGGGUUCAAGGCGGCCGCCUUCUCCCGCCAGGCCCACUCGCACGCCCAGCAGGCCCAGUCGGCCUUUGCGCGCGCCUCGCAGUCCUCGCGCACCGCCCUCGCCUUCUCGCUCGUCUCGGGCGGGACGCUCGCGUGGUACUCGGCUCUGUACGGCAACCCUCUGUUCGGAGAGGUCAAGGCCGAGAGCGCCGCAGACCAUGGCUUGCACGCUCCGGCUUACCCGUGGGCGCACAAGGGCAUGUUUGAGACGUUUGACCACUCGGCCAUCCGCCGCGGCUACCAAGUCUACCGCGAAGUGUGCUCGACCUGCCACUCUCUCGACCGCGUCGCGUGGCGCAACCUCGUCGGCGUCUCGCACACCGUCACCGAGGCCAAGACGAUGGCCGAGGAGGUCGAGUACGAGGACGGCCCCGACGACCAGGGCCAGAUGUUCCAGCGCCCUGGAAAGCUCUCGGACUACUUCCCCCGCCCGUACGACAACGACGAGGCGGCCCGUUCGGGUAACGCCGGUGCACUCCCGCCUGACCUGUCGCUCAUCACCAAGGCUCGCCACGGCGGUGCGGACUACGUCUACGCGCUCCUGACCGGCUACGUCGACCCCCCUCCCGGCGUCGAGAUCCGCGAGGGCCUCAACUACAACCCCUACUUCCCUGGCGGUGCGAUCGGCAUGGCCCGAGUCCUGUACGACGGACUCGUCGAGUACGAGGACGGCACGCCGGCGACGACGAGCCAGAUGGCCAAGGACGUCGUCACGUUCCUCGCGUGGGCGUCCGAGCCCGAGCUCGACCAGCGCAAGAAGAUGGGCAUGCAGGCGACGAUCAUCCUUUCCGGAUUGUUGGCGCUCUCGAUCUGGACGAAGAAGUUCAAGUGGGCCGGCAUCAAGAGCCGGAAACUCGUCUACAACCCUCCUGCCAAGUAA